AGCGGUCAAGUGACAGGGGCCAAUACCGCGAAAUCUACCCAACCCACCAAAGUGUUUUCCGUGGUGGAACAAAGUGAUGUAAUUUUGAUGGAAGAUAUUCCUUUGUGUUUUUAAAUUGCCGCAGGCGACAUUGACAGUGUCUUGAGGACCCGGAUUUAAAUCCCUUCAAUAUAGCGAUGUUCUGUGUGUAACGAUAUUUAAUUUUGUGAGGUUUUGCCCGGCCGUCCGACUACUUGCCAAAUGCUAUUGUCGUUUUACACCUGAAUGUAUUAGGAUGGUCUGAGAAGGAUUACAACGUAAAUUAACAUAUAUAUCAAUAUCUAUACGUUUCUGAGGAACAUCGGUUGGAUUGAAGCGGAAUGUGUGUGUGGAAAAUACUACAAAUGAAAAAGUCGCUGCUGAAAAACAAGAUGUCGACCAAGUAUAAGGUAUUACUGACAAUGGUUGCCUUUUCUAUGGGAUUGAUAUGUCAGUAUAUGUACAUGGGACAGUCCGAGGUGAAGAUGAUCGUUACGGGGACAAAUCAGGGUCAAGUUUUCACCGAGAAAGUAUUCUAUAAAGAUAAAUACAACCACACGCUGUACCGCCCCCGAUUUUCAACAAGGCUUUGUGAUUCAAAUAUGACUUACAUAGACUUUGGCGAUACAUUCACAAGCACACAGAUCGCUCGGGUGAAUAGGUGUAUUUCGACUUACGAACAGGAGUACCAGAAGGGACUUAAAGAAGAGAGAAUCAAAAGAGAUGUACGUUGGUCAAGUCAUACAUAUAUCAACAACAAAAGUUUUAUGAUAGAGGCUGGGGGACACAACGGAGUCGAUGUUGAGCAAUUCAACUCGCGCUUCCAUCCCGGCAAAUACGUCGUUUUGGAACCUGUGGAAAGGUUCUUUAAUGUAUUGAAGACGAAGUUCAAAGGGUCACCAAAUGUGAUUGUUUACAAGUUCGGGGUCGACGCGACCGACGGGAUCUUUUAUGUGAACGAUGCUAAGGAUGAUGGGUCAUCUAUUUUUCACAAACACGAAAGUGGUAAAAGUAAGGCUGCAAAAAUUGUGAACGUUACCAAUUUUUUUGAGAUGUUAUCUGUUAGAGGACGAGAUGUGGACCUUAUCACACUGAAUUGUGAGGGAUGUGAGUACGCUGUGCUGGACCUUCUCCUCUCUACAGACUACAUACGUCACUUCCGGAAUAUUCAGUUCCAAUCUCAUAGAAUUUCCGGAAUUUGCUAUCCCGUCAAACGAUUCUGCUGGUAUCAAGAACUUCUACAAAAAACACAUAAGAUCCAGUUCCAGUUCAAAUUUGUAUGGGAGAGUUGGAGCCGAAUAUAAUAAUGCUAUUUUUUACGUUCUUGUAAAUAUUGUUUAUAGUUUGAAGUAAUAAUUCCAUGCAUUGCUUUUCGAAAUAGUUCAUGUUAAAGAAACACAUAAAAUAUCUUUUAUGAAUAGUU